AUGCAGGGUAGCAUUCGGCCGCUAUCCACGACCAUGUCUACUGCGGGUUCGCCGAGUAAAGAAGGCAAUGAAGCCAAAGAAGUGCCAUAUGUCGCAUCGACUGCCACGCAAGGCGCGUCAAUCGAGCAGAGCGUGCGCCUUUUCAAAGUGUUCGAAGCGCUGCGAAGCGGCGACACUGCGGCAAUCGCCAAAGCUACAAGGUCAGAGGAUGGAACAGCGCUGCAGGAUACCACUGUACUUCACUUGGCCAUACAAUGUGCAGAGCCGCCAGUGAUUGAGUACGUCCUAUCCCAACCUGGAACGGACAUCAACGCGCAAGACAGCGAUGGCAGCACUCCACUACACGUCGCAUCCGCACUCGGCAGAGUAGCUGUAGUUAAGCUCUUGCUUGAACAGAAGGAUUUAAUCGACUCCACUGCCAACUAUCAGGGAAAGACGGCGCUAGAUCUGGCGAGGACACCUGAGAUCUUUCAGCAGCUCCAGCUAGCAAGAUCGGUCUACAUUGACGCAAACACCCGCAAAAUUCACCAAUUAUUGGCGCAGGGCGACAACGAGCGCUUCGAGCAGCUCAUCAGCGACAGCCGACUCAGAUCGGUUCUCGAUAUUAACAGCCCGGAGCUCGCAACAGAGCCCUCGACGGUCGCCGAUGGCGGCUCUCUUCUACACGAGGCUGCCCGCAAGAAGGAUGUCAACCUCGCGCAGAUACUCUUGCUCAAUGGCGCAGAUCCUUUCAGACGGGACCGCAAAGGAAAACUGCCACAGGACGUCACCAAGGACGAGCGGACGAAAGCCAUUCUCAAGAAAUCUCCGGCCGCUGCAGUAGCACAAAGAAAUAUUCAGGAGAGGACUAUUCUUGGAGAUAGCUUGCAGGCAGGCGCCAUCGCCAAUGUAGAUGGCGGACCAGGCAGUAAGGAAAGCAGAGAGAUGAAGGGCUACCUUAAGAAGUGGACCAAUUACACAUCUGGAUACAAGCUACGCUGGUUUGUCCUUGAAGACGGUGUCUUGUCAUAUUACAAGCAUCAAGAUGAUGCUGGUAGUGCUUGCCGAGGUGCGAUCAACAUGCGCAUUGCAAAGCUCCAAAUGGACCCGAAGGACAAACUGCAUUUCGAGAUUCAUGGCAAGAGCUCAGUCAAGUAUGAUCUGAAAGCAAACCACCAGGUCGAGGCCAAGCGAUGGUUCUGGGCUCUGAACAAUGCGAUUCAAUGGACAAAGGAUGAGGCCAAGGAAGAACAGAAGAAGACUAAGCUUCGAGACACUGAGGGUGCGCCCUCCAUCAGGGAAAGCUUAGCUCCCGGAACUUCCGCUGCCACAGUUACUGGCACACCUCUUGCAGGGAGUACGAUUGCCGAGUCUGUUGCGGCCUAUGAGCCAAGUGAUGCUGACGCGGGCUCCACCCAUCAUCCCUCGUUUGGCCGCACCACGGCCCAGAUUGAAGGCGAUGCCGACGACGAUGAGGAAUUCGGCGAUGACAUCAGCAGUCAUGAUGUCCGGCCAGCCAGCAAGGAUGCAUUCAGCAUUACCGCGCAAUCUGCGAAGCUACAACUUGACUUGUUGGAGCAAGUUUCCGCGGCUCUGCAGAGCGAGAAGGCCAAGAAUCCGGAGAUGCAGCUUGGUCACCCUACUGUAUCGCAGGCAUUGUCUUCAUACGAAACUGCGGUGGGCAACCUGAAGGGCCUGCUUGUGGACCUGUUGAGAAUCUCGCGCGACCACGAGGCCUACUGGAACUACCGUUUGGAACGUGAACAGAACAUUCGCCGACUCUGGGAGGACAGCAUGGCCAAGGUUGCUCGGGAGCAAGAGGAUCUUGAAAAUCGCAUUGGGGAAUCGGAGGACAAGCGCAAACGCACCAAGCGUGCACUUAAGGAAGCCCUGGAAGGCCAGGCUAGUACACCACAGACUGCCGCUGGUUCGGUAACUGCAAGCUCGCUACUUGCAGCCCCUGGUGAUGGCGUCGUACGACGUGCCACAAUUGCCGAACUUACCAACAAUGAAGUGUCUGAUGACGACGUCGAUGAUGAAGAGGAAUUCUUUGAUGCUGUCGACGCUGGACAAGUUGAGGUCGUUAGUGCACUUCCUCAGUACACGGCACCCGCGCAGGGCGGUGCUUCAGCGAUUUCAGAAAAGACCGCCCUCGAUAGCAAGACCGAAGACUCUGCCUCGAGCGCUGAAGUGAAGGGCCGAGAGAUCGCAAAAAGCUACCGAGGAUAUGAGGACGGAGUCAGGAAGAAGUAUAAGCUCGAGGCUGACAACCGACCAAAGGUCUCGCUUUGGGGUAUUCUCAAAUCUAUGAUUGGCAAAGACAUGACCAAGAUGACUCUCCCAGUGUCUUUCAACGAGCCAACAUCUCUGCUUUACCGCGUGGUCGAAGACAUGGAAUAUACCGAUCUGCUCAAUGUGGCUGCCGAGCGAAGCGAUUCUACCGAGCGACUCGUCUAUGUCGCAGGAUUCGCGGCCUCUGAAUACUGCAGCACAACGGGACGCGUUGCUAAGCCAUUCAAUCCUCUUCUUGGAGAGACUUACGAAUAUGCUCGACCCGAUCUGGGCUACCGAUUCUUUAUCGAACAAGUAUCUCACCAUCCUCCUGUGGGUGCUGCCUAUGCUGAAAGUGCCCGAUGGGACUACUACGGCGAGUCGGCCGUCAAGUCGAAGUUCUACGGUAAAUCGUUCGAGUUUAAUCCCCUCGGCACGUGGUUCCUGCACCUCAGACCGACCAACGGAGCUCCCGAGGAGCUAUACACAUGGAAGAAGGUCACCUCGUCCGUCGUUGGUAUCAUUACCGGCAACCCUGUUGUCGAUAACUACGGUCCCAUGGAAGUCAAGAACUGGACCACCGGCGAGGUUUGCUACCUCGACUUCAAGCCUCGUGGAUGGAAGGUGAGCUCGGCUUUCCAGGUCUCUGGCAAAGUAGUCGACGCCCAAGGCAAGACGAGAUGGUCUAUCGGAGGACGAUGGAACGACAAAAUCUACGCUCGUCUCACUCCAGGCUACGAAGCGGCCAUUGACGUGCCUUCAAGCAGUGGCUCUGCUGCGGACAAAGCCUUCCUAGUCUGGGAGGCACACUACCGACCACCGCCAGGCGAAAUUCCGUUCAACGUCACACCCUUCGUGGUCACUCUUAACGAUCUCCCUGACCGCCUCCGCCCGAUCAUCGCGCCUACCGACUCGCGUCUACGACCUGAUCAGCGUGCUAUGGAGGAGGGCGAGUACGACUUUGCCGCGGUUGAGAAGAAUCGCGUGGAAGAGGGCCAGCGUGCGCGACGACGAGAGCGCGAGGCUAACGGCGAAGAGUUUGUGCCGCGAUGGUUCUCCAAGGCCAAACACCCCAUCACUGGCGAGGAAUACUGGUUGUUCAACCAUGAGUACUGGACGACGCGUAAUGCGGUCAUUGAGGGGAAGACCACAUGGGCUGAGCAACGCUUGGAGGAGAUCUUUUAG